AUGCGCAGCCGGCAUCGCUGGGCCUCCGUAACGCCUGCAUUGACGCUUGACAUGCUUAUUUCCCGCCAGGCCGAGGUGCUUUCCAUCGCGCAUGACGUGGCGUCGGGCCUGGCCUACCUGCACACCCUGGAUCUAUGCCAUGGCGACCUUCGUGCGGAGAACGUCAUGAUGCAGACUUUGACCGACCCAUGGCUCAGCCUGGCGUGCAUGCCGCCCGAGUGCGCAGGGGGCCCGUGGACCCCUGAAGUGGCAGACGCUGUCGGCGCCAGCUCAGGCGCUGACGUGGCGCACCUGCCGCCAGAGCUGCUGCUGUCGGGGCGGUUGCACCCAUCAUCCGAUGUGUACUCGCUGGGCGUGCUGCUCUGGCGAAUGCUAUCACCCACCGGGGAGCAACCGUACGGCAAGUUACGGCCUGCAGAGGUGGCAUACAAGGUGGUAGCAUGCGGCAUGCGUCCCGCCUUUUCACCCGCGGUUCCGGAGCCUCUGCGGCGGCUGGUGGAGGACUGCUGGCAGAGCGACCCGGCGGCGCGACCUACGAUUACGCUGGUGCUGCAGCGGCUAACGGAGCUG